GCGCCGCUUCUGAGCUGGUUACUGCUCUGGUCCACCCCCGCCGUUCGUUCGAUAAACCCUUCCACUCUCUUGCAUCCAACGCUCGCAGGACGACGACAAACACACGUUUCUGAGACUGGGAAAUGUCCGCCUAUCACACAGACUACCCAGUCAGCGCAUCCCAGCAGCCCUCGUACCCCCCGCGCCAGCCACUUGAUUCCGAGGAAGAUCUCAAGGCUCCCUACGACGACCUCAUCGACCAGUAUGCUGCUCCGUAUGCUGCCUCAAACCGACAUCAGACCUUUGCUGUCGACGCCCCACCACUAAGUCCAACGAAGCAGCACCGCCGAGGCGUCUCCUACAAGCUAUCCGAGUACGAGACGAAGAGCUCAGAAGAUGCCGCGCCUCGCGUACAUCCUCCUCCUAUGCCGACGAUCGAGAAGGACUCUCGGACAUUUUGGGCGAAGAUCUUACCGGAGUCGCUCGCAUGUCGACUAUACGUCGUCACUGUACUAGUGGAGACCGCGAUCGAUCUGGCAAUAGAGGGCGACAUUCUACUUCGCUUCCAGGAGGAGAAGAACAAGAAUCCCAAUGCGAGUAAUACGACCGAGUCAAACAAAAUGCCCGUAUACCUCUUCAUAUUUGCUCUGGCUCACGUAUUCCAGUUUGCUAUGGCCUGUGAUGCUGUGUACAACCGUAACACGCUGCAGUUCCUAGCCCUCACCAUAUUCAAUGCACUCCUGCUCAUCUAUGCCAUCAUCCAGAAGGGCGAAGUACAGGAUGCUCUGAACGAGAUUACACUCCCCGAUGGCGUAUCUCAUAUUCCCAUAGGUUACCUAACGACAAUCAUCCCAAUCGUCAUCGCUGUGGCGGAAGUAGCCUAUAUGGCGCUGGGGUGGAAGAUCUACAACGAGUUCGGCUGGAAGGUUUACAAGUUCCUUGGAGCAGACCGGCGGAUCAAGAAGAUGUAUGCCCACUACCAAAUUUUCGAAUGCCUGAUGAAGUUCGACUUGUUCUUCUUCGUUGGAUUCUCGGUGCAGUUCAUCUGGCUGGUCCUCAACAAUGACAAGAGCUGGGAAUACUAUGUUACCUACGCUGCUCUGCCGCUGUCCAUUGUUCUUCUGAUCGAAGGCCACCUGGCUGCGAGACACGAAAACCGAUGGAUGAUGGCCACCUUCAUGUCCGGGUGUGUGGGUGCCCUUGUGUAUUUCGUAUAUAAGCUUGUCAAAGUUAUGCUGUACAGAACAACCGCCCAGUUCUUCUUGAUCUGGAGAACACUUACUAUAUUCUCCGUAAUCGCGAUCAUUCUCCUCCUUGCGACAUUUGUUAUGGCCUUUGUCGUCAUAAGUAACUUUGGGCGAGGUCUGAAGGCGCAAAUGGACAAGAACAAGAGUGGUCCUACAGCACACAGUCGGUGGGGGUCACAACAUGUGAAUCGUUCCAUGAGUGUGAACCCCAAUCGGAUGAGUAUAGACUGAUUGUCUAUGCACACUCUCAUUUUUGCAUGGACUUGUACUCAUUAGCUGACCAUACGUUGUUCUCUUGCAUUCCACCCUCACGCCGGACUUUGUUCACUACUACCUGCCAGAACCUCAUCUUCCCUGCAUCCGCUUCCGCCUCUAUUGUCCUCUCCUCCCCCGCCUCCUUUACCCGUCCUGUCUGCUGUCUAACUGAGACAUCUACUACCAUAUCAUUUGCGCUUGCUCAUUGUUGCUGGCUCCACAUUUCAGGCGUAUAUAUUUCCGGUCUUUCUGGCCUUUACCCUCGUUGCCUUACGGCGUCUUGUUGACAGAAAUUGUAGAUGUAUCGUUAGGCGUAAUUUACCCAGAAGAGAUCAUACCACAUGCUAUGCAGCAAAUGUGUUCGUCAGGG